UGCUCGAAGCGAAGGCACUGACUGGGAGGAGGACAGGAUAUUGAAGCACUCUCGCAGAGCAACAAGACAAUAAAACAGCUACAACAAAACCCGCAAUCAGAGAGGAGUUGUGUGUUCUCCAGACGGCAAAGAGGACUACUAAUCAUCAUUACCAUUGACACAACGCCGUCAGAUAGCCCAGGAGUGAAUUUAUAGCCAUGUAUUUGAAUAGGGAAGAGAACAAUAGCAAAGCAGGCUCCCUGUCCCUCAGUGUGCUCCUGGUGUCUCUAGCAGUCACAGUGUGUACUGUCUGGCUGGUGGCUCUGUGUGGCGUCUGUGGCUGGUGCCAACGCAAGCUGGGGAAGAGGAAUAAGCCAGGAGUGGAGGCGGCUGGUACUUCAGAGGCGGGUCGUGUGCGAGGAGGAGAGAAGAAAGCCAUCAAGUAGGUCCCUCCCUGUAGACUGCAUAGGAACACCUGGGCUAGUGGGGUCAAUGAAUAACCACAACAUGCACUACUUUACCAUUCAGUUCGGUUCAACCCUGAACCCCCCCACAUUAACACUAUGGUAAAACUGGCAACUGGUAUUGGUAUUAGUACUGGUAACUGGUAACUGGUACUAAGCUGUUCAUCUGAAAGUCCAAAAACCAAUGGAUGUGACUUAUGGAGAAUAUGAUGGUUUAACAAAACUGUUUGAUGACAGGGGUGACAGAUCAAACUAGUAGUGCAUUAUGGGAAAGUACAUAACCGUAUUUGAUUGCAGGGAACCUGAAAAACAACAUUGUUUGUUUACAGUC